CAUCCAGUUUCAAUUUUUCUCCCCUUCAGAUAGUGACUGCAGUGUUUUACUUAGCUAUUUGCUGCAUCCCUUUUCUUUAAAUAUCUUUGUCUAUCCAAAAAAAAAAAACACAAAAAUUUCCAGAGAUAAUUCAUCAAGAAAGCCAUGGCUGCUGCAACUGCAAUUUUUCAGUACAUGUUUUUACUCAUUCUUGUUUAUCAAUUUGACCAAUCGUACAGUCAGCAAAGCUAUCUUAACAACAAACAGUUUGAUUGUAACGUAAACUGGAGCACAGCGAUGGGAUUUAAAUGCAAUGGAGCAGCUAAAUCUUGCAGGUCAUACCUGACUUUCAGGGCAACUUCAACCUACAACAGUCCAGUCACCAUAGCUUAUUUGUUGGAUACAGAUGCGACUGAAAUUGCCAGAAUCAACAAUGUUUCGGAUGUGGGCAGAAUUCCUUCUGGUACUUUGAUCCUUGUUCCUGUAAAUUGUUCUUGUUCUGGUCAAUUUUAUCAGCAUAAUGCAAGUUAUGUGUUGAAAGGAACCGUGGAGACUUAUUAUGCUGUUGCUAAUGAAACUUAUCAAGGUUUGACUACUUGCCAGUCACUGCAAGCUCAGAAUUCGUAUAAUUUCAGGAAUUUGAAAGUGAAUAUGAAGCUUAAUAUUCCAGUUAGGUGUGCUUGUCCUACCAAAAAUCAGACUGCCUCUGGAUUUAAGUAUCUUUUAGCUUAUCUUAUAACAUGGGGUGAUUCUUUUGAGGCUAUUGCUAGCAUGUUUAAUGCUGAUGUGCAGAGUAUAUAUGCUGCUAAUGAGUUGUCUCCUAACCAUCUUAUUCAUCCCUUCAAUCCUCUUUUGAUCCCAUAUAAAUCUGAGCCUACUUAUAUCAAUACCUCAUUGCUUUCAUUGCACCCACCUCCUUCCCCUCCACAGCUGCCUGUGGUGCCUGCACCACCUACUAGUAAUAACUCCUCUCGCAAAUGGGUUUUUAUUGGAGUUGGAAUUGGUGUUGGUGUUUUGCUGCUUUUGUUGGUUGGCUUUCUUGUUUGGUUCCUGCGGUAUAGGCACCGGAAAGGUACUUCACUGGCAGAGACUAAGGAUCACGGUGAUAACAACUUUGCUUCUGAAUCUGUUGAUGUUUACAGGGCUUUGCCAGAAUCAGAAAGUAAGUCAUGGUCUGAAGGGGUUAAGUUUGCAAUUGAAAGUCUCACUAUGUAUAAGUAUGAGGAAUUGCAGCAUGCCACAGGUUCUUUCGCGGAAGCCAACAGAAUCAGGGGAUCCGUUUAUCGAGGCAAUUUUAAGGGGGAUUAUGCAGCAGUGAAGAUGAUAAAAGGGGAGGCACUAGAGGAGAUUAAUGUACUCAAGCAAAUUAGUCAUUCAAAUAUAAUAAGGCUUUCUGGUUUCUGUUUGCAUGAUGGUAACGCAUACCUUGUGUAUGAGUAUGCAGAGAAAGGUGGCUUGAGUGAUUUGUUGCAUUCUCAGAAUAAAGAAAGUGAUAGCUAUGGUCUACUUGAAAAGGAAGGUUAUUCUUCUUCAUGUACUUUGAAUUGGAAACAGAGGGUUCAGAUUGCUUAUGAUGUUGCUGAUGCUGUAAAUUAUCUUCACAAUUAUGCUAAUCCUCCUUACAUUCAUAAGAAUUUGAAAAGCAGCAACAUUCUUUUGGAUGGUAACAUGAGGGCCAAGGUUUCCAAUUUUAGUCUUGCAAGGCCUUUGAAUGCUGACAACCAAAAUGAAGGGAGCUUGAAUGUGCAAAUGACAAGGCAUGUUAUUGGGACUCAUGGUUAUAUGCCGCCAGAGUACAUCGAGAACGGAUUGGUGACCCCAAAACUUGAUGUGUUUGCCAUUGGAGUGGUGAUUUUGGAGCUAUUAUCUGGAAGGGAGGCAAUCCGUCAUCAAGGUGAAGUGGGAAAGCUUGGGGAAGAGGAGUUACUCUAUGCAACUAUUAAUAAGGUGUUAGAUGGGGAAAACGUGAGGGAAAAGCUACAAGACUUUAUGGAUCCUCAAUUCAGAAAUGAGUACCCAUUAGACUUGGCCCAUUCAGUUGCUCAACUGGCUAGGAAUUGUGUGGCUUAUGAUCUCAAUACUCGUCCCCUGAUGGCUGAGGUUUUCGUGACACUGUCCAAGAUUCUUUCCUCAUCUUUGGACUGGGAUCCUUCAGAUGAACUUGAACGCUCUAGAUCACUAGAUCAUGCCAGAUAGCAUAAGAAGCUAAUGCAAUCUUUGUUUUAUCAUAGCAUGAUCAGAGAAAAUCAAAUGGUGAGCAUUGGCCUGGCCAGCUUUCUUUGCCUAAUAGUCUCAAUAUACCAUGUUUCUGAUAAUAGGUACAUCCUGUGCACAGGUUUCACCUAAUGCAUUUAUUUGUCGCUUCUAGCUUGUAUUGGUCUUUCAGAUCUAAAGGAAACCCCUGUUGUGCAUUUUUUUUCAUGUAUUUGCCGCCAUUAGUGCAGCAUCCUCUGAAUGAAUGAAAUUCUCUUAUUUAUUUAAAAA